AUGGUAGCAUUCAACAAGAUUUUCAAAUUUGCCGACGUAUCAAUCUGUGAUAUGUGGACACUUUCUCAAAAAUCCGAGGAGAAUGAGAAACUGAUUAAGGAGUACGCUAAGGACAAGAACGUCAUUAUGAGCAUUACAAUCAAGCAAGAACCAAAACUCGAAAUUCUAUUUCCCAAGUCAUCCAAAAAGUUCACUAUGAAGUUUAGAGCAGUGAAUCAUAUGAAUUUCUCGCAUUUCUCAAUUAACCCAGAAAAUUGUAAAAAAUCCAUGAUCUACUGUCCAAAACGAGACGAGCUUCUUUUCGAAGCAAAAACCUUGGAAAAAUGUCGGUAUAUUGAGCUUUUCAUUGACUUUUUCUCCAUAAAAUCGGUCAACUUUAAAGUCAUGAAGUUUGAUGAUGGUUGUAAGUAUGAGAACGAAGAGAAAGCAGCGUCAAUUUUUGAGCUUCUCCGUUUCUGCCCACUUGGGUUUGAAACGUUGGCAGACAUUGUUCGUGGUGACAGAAACAUUGAAAUGAAAACUUCUGAACUCACAAAGUUAGACAUUGCAAAUUUAAUUGCGAUUUGGGUAGACUAUGGGGUGGUUCGUAAUUUUAAAGUCAGUGGAAUGAAUGGAGUUUUGCUGUGUGACCUGAUAAAAUAUACUCAUUGGCCCAUGUGUACCAAAAACAACAACAAAUCCGUUGAUGUUGUACGCAAGGACCAUGUGGCAGCGAGGAUCGAGCUUUCCCGUGAAGAAUUCAAAAUCACUCCACUUCAUAAAUAUCGUUAA